GGUAAUGUAUUUUUGCUCUAUUGCCGCUCUCCUGUUAGAGAUUCUCAGUUAGUUGAGUUCACACUUCUUAUGUAUCUGCGUUCCAUUCCUUUUCCUUUUCCUGUUGUUGCCUCAUACGUUACACUGUAACGCUGAACGUUCCAACGUUCCAUCAUCGCAACAAUGUAGCAAUGGUCGAGUGUGCGACUGUUGAUGUACCUGUUCCAGUUACAGUAGAGCCGGAGCAGACGUGUGUUAACCCUAUCUAAUCCACUGUGUGUAGAACGUGCCACAGUUCCAUAUCGAAUGUGUUUAAAUGAAGAUCAAUGAAUAUGCGGGUGCAGACAAAGUUGCCUAUACACAAUUAACAACCAGAGAUAGAUAAAGCAGUAAGGGGCAGUGUUUUGGGGUUUUUAAUUAGGGACAGGCUACAGUAGUCUUCUUUGUUUGAAUUCCAUUAUUAUGGAAAGCAUGAUGACCAGUUUCAUCAUUUGCAGAAUUGAUACAAAUGUAGGCCACAUGUUUACCUCAGAUUGUUUUAUUACCCCUGUCACCCCACUUAUAAAUGAACCCGAACCUAAAGCUGAAAGGAAGGGGUUGCUUACAUAGCAGCAUGCUGACAUGGGGCCCAGAACCUAUAACCACUGGCUAUACUGCACUCAGGGCCGAACGUGAGAAAGUAUUUACCUGUAUUUAAUCCUAUUGGCCAAUCCCAACACGGUACCUGAUAUUUCUUGCUAACUGGGUAGGCUUACACUUGAGUGGCUUCACAUCAUAAGGGCCGGAUUAUUAACCCAAUAACAGUCUCCAUACUUGGGACCUACCUAUACAUCGCUUUACUUUUAAGUCUCAUCACUCAACACCAACACACCAUUCAUUUUAAGUUAGAAAACCAUCAAUGGCCAGAUGAAAUACUGAAUAUUCAAAUUACAACUGUGCAUUUAGCAGCCAGACAGUAGCCUAUUGUUGAUCUAUGUCCUUUCAUUUGUGCUCUUAGUUGUUUUAAAAUGUGUCAGAUCAGAGAUAGGCCUCUGUCUGAGCACCGCGGCCCCCUAUGUGCUGUGCUUGCUGCGUGUACACAAUCUGCUCUCUUUUUCCUCCGGCGAUUAAUCUAAAUAAAUCCCUGCAAAUCCCUGUCCUCGCCCUCCCUUUCUGUGUUUCUGCAUGUGUCCUUCAAAAUCACAACAUAAGGGAAAACGACUCAGUCAACAUGUCUUUUUGUCGCAUGUCUCGCUGCACAUCAACACUCUCGUUUCUAACCUCACAUGACACCCUGAUUCCAUCCCCAGCUCCCCCUUACACGGUUAACACCCUACAUUGUUAUGGCCUCAGUGAAACAAUGGAGGUGGGACAGAGGGCGGAAGGAUGUGGCUGAAUGCCUCAGCAUAAACCCAUGGAAAAAAGCCUGCAGUCACACUUUCCGCCAGUGUUCUUUGAAAAGAAACGAGUACAACCAGGAGUCACUCGUGAUACGACUAUACUCUGUACUGUACAUCUUCCUCUGUAGUGAACCCCAAAGGCAUAUAUGGCUUAUUGAUGUAUUUCUCAUGUUUUGCAAGGGUGUGGGGAUAGAAAAUUAAUAUAGGCAUAUAUCUUUAGUUUGUGUGACGAUGAGUUCAUUCCAAUGAACAGAAACCCCCAGAGGAAGUGGCUUCACACAGGCCUUUCCUACUCAUUUCCUUUGUGAAUUGCGCUUAUCCAUGUUGUUUUGGUUUCAUAGCACGGUACGGGUAAAAAAAAUAUGUUUCUGAAUCCAAAUGGGGGCGCACAAGACCCUCACUGACAGAGCGCAUGGAGCAGAUCUUCAACCUCACAUCUUGUUUUUUCAUAAUGUAGCUGAAUCGGUUCAGUUGGAUCGUUGAGCAGAUCGAUUCAGUUUUGCCAUUUACGGUCAGCCCAUACGUACUGUAGGCCUAUGGUAUGCGAAGAGUCACUGGAAACCUCAGAGGAAACCACAAAUAUUCCUGAUUACAAUCUCACCGACACUGUCAAAGUAGCAGUCGUUAUAAAAAGUACAACUUCCGGGAAAAUCACUCAAAAUAAAACCAGUGUUGUUGAGGAACACGAUUGCAUUGGAACACAAGUAACACGCCAUCAAUGUGACGUGUAAGAAAUCUAUAUUGUGUGAAAAUAAAGUCCCACAAAACAUAUUUUCCAAUACCGCCUCACUUCUUGUAGUAAAAUUCCCUAAAUCGAUGCUUUUAUUUUGAAGACUGCACAGACUACCUCUGGCAGUAGCCUCCUUGAGCUUCACACUCUCCGCUAAACGGAGUCACAGCCGUGAAAGUGGCGGAGGCGGACAUUGUUGUGGUAACAGUCCAGCCCAAGAGGAUGAGCAGAGAUGAUGCACUUAUUUUGAGCGGAUAGAGGGCGAGAUUGGAUUGUGAUUUAUUUUGUUUUUUAUCUAAAGAAUGAAUCCUUUUUAAAAAUAAAUUAAUACAUCUAAAAAAAAACCUGCUGCACCGUACGGACUCAUCCUCCAACCAACCGGGGAACGGAGUUCAUUCAGCCGAGGCGAGCGGAGCACAGCCUGAUGAGACGAUGCCAGCGACGUAAAAAUCACAACAUCUGCAGGGUGUGCAUCCGAGGCUGCUGGAUUAAACACCCGUGGAUCGAUCGGGCCUUUGUACAUACAGUACAGAAAAGCCCCCAGGGCGACUGUUGCCUUCAAAAUACUGCGAGAGGAGGUAAAACAAGGACAGAUGUUUUCUUGGAGGCCUUUGGAAAACACAGCCUGCUGUUGAGAGGAUGACAGAUUGACAUUAACGGUGGAACUGCGGUGCAUUUUCAUACACGACCUCCUUAAGGCAUUAUCCACGGAGAGCAACCACUGGGUUCAGCACAAAAUCGGACCGAAGUCCCCGCUUCUUGAAAAAAGCCAUCUAAAUAAAGAUAUCACAUGUUUCUGCCAUGAUUUGGCCUCCGGUGCUGUCGUGAUUUGCACACAUGACAUCUGGAACACACUGGGUGCAGAAGACGAGGAUGUGAUGACUGAGUGUUAAGCAUUGAAGCACCCAGCUAUAUCUCAGCGCUUUUAAUAGAUUCUCAGGUACCCUCUAUACGUCUAGGUUUUUUAAUAGAAAAUGGGAAGCGAAGGUGAGAUAAUAAAUAGAGAACUGUCAAAGAUGUCUGACGAGGAUUUGCUGGCGUGCUCCAAAGAGGAGCUGGUGAGCCGGCUGCGUAAAGAGGAGACGGAUAAAAUAUCAGCUCUCAUCCAGCGAGGACGGCUGAUAAAAGAGGUAAAUAAACAGCUGCAGGGACACCUCCUUGAAAUCAGGGAACUGAAAGUCAUCAAUCAGCGCCUGCAGGAGGAAAACGUGGAGCUGCGGGACCUGUGCUGCUUCCUGGACGACGACCGGCUCAAAGUGAAGAAGCUGGCGCGGGAAUGGCAGCUGUUCGGGCAUCACGCAGCCAAAGUGAUGCGGGAGGACCUGGGCGGUUACUUGAAAAAGCUCGCAGACCUGGAGCGCAUGCAGGACGGACUGGUGAAGGAGAAUUUGGACCUGAAGGAGCUUUGCCUGGUCCUGGAGGAGGAGUGUGUUAGCAGGAGCGACUCCAGCCCCGGAGGGUCCACCGAGCUCAACCUGCCCUGCAUGGUGGCCCGGGACCUGGGGGACGGAAGCUCAAGCACAGGCAGCGUGGGAAGCCCGGACCAGCUUCACCUGGUGUGCUCACCUGAUGACUGAUGAUAGGUUUAAUGUCCGCAGUCAGGGCUUCUCCCGUUCAAAUAAGGAACCUGUAGAGUAGGGGUGAUGUGAUUGACAGAAUGGAGACACAGAGGCUUUGUCAGACAAUACGAAUUUAAUUGGUGCAAAAGCAUUAGAGCCUUCUGAAUGCUGCAACGGUUUUGUGUGCCACUAGGUUUUGACUUGACAAAGAUUCUACAACCAUAGACAUUUUCAGGACUUUACAAAGACAUUUAAUAGAUGUUUGCCAGAUGAUAAUGUAUCUAAAUUUUACAGUGUUUUUUCUAAUGACUCUUCUGUUUUUGGGAAAUUCUCCUUUUUCAGUGGUCUGUUGUUGAAAAAAAAAAAAAAUGGGACCAAAAAACUGGGUCACAUAUAUAAAUUUAUCUCAUGCACUGGACUAGCCUACACUGGUAGAAGCCUUUUUUCUAUUGCACUGGACAGCGUUAUCAUGGAUCUUUAAAUCACAGAUCUAAAGAUUCAUUUCAAUCCAGUUUUGAGCCAUAUUUAGUCCACUGAAUUCCAAUAGCACUGAAAUAGAUGAGUUGUGAUAAAAGAAAAAUAUGAAACUAUUUGAUAUUUGCUUUUUGCUAGAUGCCCAAUAAUGUGUAAUAUUUUAUGCACUCUCUUCCUCAGGACAGGAUUGGAGUGCCAUAUGUGCAUGAUGAUUGUCACAAUUUGUACAGGCCUGUUAACCAGUCUGCUGUGAAGGCCCUUCAGGUUUACUGUGGGUGGGGCUGCUGUGCAUAAUGUACAUGUGCUAUUGCCGGGGCAGAGCCAGCACACUUGUUAAAGGGGUUUGGAUCAGAGGUGAUAGAUGUCCUUGGACCUCACUCAGAGCUGAACUGAAGUUCUGUCACUUUUUUAAAUCCAACUGGAAACUCUUUGUAUCAAACUGGAAGGUCUACAAGUUUGAAUGAUUUCUAUUCUAUUCUAUUCAACCCAAGCUGUUUAAAUUCACUUGUAUUACUUUUUUUUAUUACAUUGUUGUUGUUGAUGUUUAAUUAGCAUAUCACAGAGUUUAAGUUGGUCAGCUUCGUCUUCUGUAACUCAUGCUUUGUAUUUACCCUGUAACAUUAGGGAUAAUCUUAACUUUGACCCUUCUUUAUCUUGAUUUAUCUGUAUUAACUUGCAUUACUAACAGAUUUCAGUUUAAAUCAUAGAUAAUGCACAUGGAUUAGAAAAGAUUUAUUUUGUUGUUAGCUGUUUAUUGGUGGGCUAUGCUCGUAGUGCAUUGAAGAGCUUUAAAUACAGUGGGUAUGACACUU